AUGAAAGUACUAGAAAGUGGUGGAUUAUGCCCAGAUAUUGGUAUAAGGGAGCUCAUCGAUAAAUCUCUCAUAACUAUUUCAGACAACCGUGUGUGGAUGCAUGAUUUCCUUGAAGAAAUGGGUCAAGAAAUUGUUCAUCGAGAAUGUCGAGAAGAGCCUGGACGACGUAGCAGACUAUGGCUCUAUAAGGAUGUCUGUCACGUCUUAAUGAAUGAUACGGGAACAAAUCUAAUUGAAGGUGUAGUCCUGGAUUAUAUGUUUGAUCAAGGAGACAGAUACAUGAGUUCUAAAGCCUUCUUGAAGAUCAAAGCUCUCAGAUUGCUCAUACUUCGCAAUUUAAACCUCUCCAAAGACAUUGAAUAUCUUUCCAAUGAAUUAAGGUACUUGGAAUGGCGUGGGUAUCCUUUCAAAUCUUUGCCACAAACUUUUCAACCAGAUCAACUUGUUGAGCUCCAUUUGUCUUAUAGCAGAAUUGAACAAUUAUGGAAGGGAGUAAGAGCUUUAAAGUUGUUGAAGAUAAUUGAUCUUAGUUACUCCAAAAAUUUAAUCAAGACACCCGACUUUAGAGAGAUCCCAUACCUUGAAGAGUUGAUACUUGAAUGUUGUACAGGAUUACUUGAAGUACACCAUUCUAUUGGACUUCUAGAAAGGCUUGUUUUACUGAACAUGAAGAAUUGCAAAAGCCUUACAGCUCUUCCAAGUAGCCUGUGUAAUUUGAAGUCUCUUAAAGUUUUUAUAUUGAGUGGCUGCUCAAAUCUUGAAGAAAUUCCAGAUAACAUCGGGGAUAUGACAUCUGUGGAUGUGUUUGAAAUAGCUGGAAUCGGUUCAACAUCAUUGCCAUUAGCUCAGCCAUGGGGUUGUCUUUGCCCUUGGUGGCCAAUGCCUAAGAAACCUACCCCUGCCGUGUCCUUUGAGUUGCCUUCUUUAAGAGGCUUUUGCAUUCUUAGGAGACUUAAUCUAGGUUAUUGCGGUCUUACGGAUGCAAUGAUUCCUUAUGAUCUAAGUUGUUUCCCAUUUUUACAACAUCUAAAUCUAAGCGGAAAUGAUUUUGCAAGCAUGCCUGAAAGCAUUAGUCAACUCUCUAAACUCUUAGCUCUUAGUUUCAGCAAUUGUAAGAGGAUUCGAUCAUUUCCAAAUAAUCUUCCUUCGAGUCUCAAACAUCUUAGCAUGGAGGGUUGCUCUUGCUUGGAAACUUCACUAACUACAAGCAUAAGUAGAAAUUUUAAACUUGAAAACCUUCAUUUCGUUGAUUGCAAGAAGCUUCAGUCCUUGUGUGAUCUUUCAUCAACCGUUUUACAACUUAGUGCGGAAUGUCUAACUACACAGGAAAGUAUUCCAAAUCCAUUUGAAGCAAGCACUUCAAGAACUUCAUCAUUCGCUGUUAUAAAAUGGGUAUAA